CGCGCCCCUUCCUCGGGGCCGCGGACGCCCCCCGGUUCCCCAUUUCUCGGGUGUCGCGCGAAGCUCCGCAGCUGCCCGGUGGCCGCUGUCUGGUCCUCUCUGUCCUCGGGGCGCGUUGCGGGCCGUCCUGCGGCCCCGCCCCCGCGGCCCUUGGCGCCCCCCGGCCGGCCGACCGGCCGGCCUCCUUCCCCGCCCGGAGCCGCGCGCCAGGACGCCUGAGGCCGCAGAAUCCGAAUUCCAACAGAUUUACUACUGAAUACCUCUUCCCGUGGUACGGAACUGUAGAACAUGAUCCAGAACUGCAUAAUUAUGUGACCAAUUGCAAGGAGUGGUUGGAAGAACAAUGCAUGUAAGUCUUUGACACCAUGAUAUCCAUCAGGCAAAGAAAAGGAGUGAAAACCACAGAAGUUUCUGAGGAUUAUGCAGCACAAGAAGCAAAUGUGAAGUUGGAAAAUAAAUUGCCAUCUGGUUGUACCACUAGAAGGUUGUGGAAGCUUCUGUCAUUUACGGUUGGUGGAACCAUUGCCCUUUGCAUUGGACUUCUAACAUCUGUCUACCUGGCCACUUUACAUGAAAACGAUUUGUGGUUUUCUAAUAUUAAGGAAGUGGAGCGAGAAAUCUCAUUCAGAACAGAAUGUGGGCUGUAUUACUCCUACUACAAGCAAAUGCUGCAGGCUCCGACCCUCAUGCAAGGUUUUCAUGGCUUAAUAUAUGAUAACAAAACUGAGUCUAUGAGGACAAUUAACCUUCUUCAACGAAUGAAUAUUUACCAAGAAGUUUUCCUCAGUAUUUUGUAUAGAGUCCUGCCCAUACAGAAAUAUUUAGAGCCAGUUUAUUUUUAUAUUUAUACCUUGUUUGGACUGCAGGCGAUCUAUGUCACAGCCCUGUACAUAACCAGCUGGCUCCUUAGUGGGACAUGGCUCUCGGGGCUUCUAGCAGCGUUCUGGUACGUCACCAAUAGAAUAGAUACCACAAGAGUUGAGUUUACCAUCCCGCUGAGGGAGAAUUGGGCUCUGCCAUUCUUUGCAAUUCAGAUAGCAGCAAUCACAUAUUUCCUGCGACCAAACUUACAGCCUUUUUCUGAGAGGCUGACACUUCUUGCCAUUUUCAUAUCAACUUUUCUCUUCAGUCUGACAUGGCAAUUUAAUCAAUUUAUGAUGCUGAUGCAAGCAUUAGUGCUGUUCACACUGGACUCCUUGGACAUGUUGCCGGCGGUGAAGGCGACAUGGCUGUACGGCAUCCAAAUGACAGGUUUGCUCCUGGUCUGCAUCCUUCAGUUUUUUAAUUCUAUGAUUCUUGGAUCAUUGCUUAUCAGUUUUAACCUUUCCGUAUUAAUUGCAAGAAAACUUCAGAAAAAUCUGAAGACUGGAAGCUUCUUUAAUAGGCUUGGGAAACUAUUGGUACAUUUAUUUGCAGUUUUAUGUUUGACACUUUUUCUCAACAACAUUAUUAAGAAACUUCUUAAUCUGAAGUCAGACGAACACAUAUUUAAAUUUCUGAAGGCAAAAUUUGGGUUUGGAGCAACAAGAGAUUUUGAUGCAAAUCUGUAUCUGUGUGAAGAAGCGUUUGGCCUCUUACCUUUUAAUACAUUCGGAAGGCUUUCAGAUACUCUCCUUUUUUAUGCUUACAUAUUUGUUCUGUCCAUCACAGUGAUGGCAGCCUUAGCGGUCACCUUCCAUAAUCUCAGUGAUUCUACAAGGCAGCAAUCCAGGGGUCAAAUGGGAAAGUGCACGAUCAUCCUGAAACCAGAAACUGCCUACAACCUAAUACAUACCAUUCUGUUUGGAUUCUUGGCAUUGAGUACAAUGAGAAUGAAGUACCUCUGGACGUCGCACAUGUGUGUGUUCGCGUCGUUCGGCUUAUGCAGCCCUGAGAUAUGGGAGUUGCUCCUGAAGUCGAUCCAUCUGUAUAACCCAAAGAGGAUAUGUAUAAUGCGAUACUCAGUACCGAUAUUAAUACUGCUGUAUCUGUGCUAUAAGUUCUGGCCAGGAAUGAUGGAUGAACUCUCCGAGUUGAGAGAAUUCUAUGAUCCAGACACAGUGGAGCUGAUGAACUGGAUUAACUCUCACACUCCAAGGAAGGCCGUGUUUGCUGGGAGCAUGCAGUUACUGGCCGGAGUCAAGCUGUGCACAGGAAGGACCUUGACCAACCACCCGCACUACGAAGACAACAGCCUGAGGGAGCGGACCAAAGCGGUUUAUCAGAUUUAUGCAAAGAGGUCCCCAGAGGACGUGCAUGCCCUCCUGAGGUCCUUUGGCGCCGACUACGUCAUCCUGGAAGACAGCAUCUGCUAUGAGCGAAGGCACCAGCGGGGCUGCCGGCUGCGGGACCUGCUGGACGUCGCCAACGGGCACAUGAUGGAUGGCCCAGGAGAGAAUGAUCCCGAUUUGAAACUUGCGGGCCACCCUCGCUUCUGUGAAGAGAUAAAGAGAAACCUGCCACCCUACACAGCAUACUUCACUAGAGUGUUCCAGAACAAAACAUUCCACGUUUACAAGCUAUCGAGAAACAAGUAACCAAGCUCUCUGUUCAACCUCUAUUUUUGAUACGUGAAAGUCCAUCCUAAUGAAACCAACAGUAACAUUUCAUAUGUCGUUAGGUAGCCUGUAGCACAAUGCUGGGAUGUGAGUAAGUUGUAGAGAUGUUUACACAAGCGUCACUGUCCUUGAAAGUAUCUUACACAAGCUUCUGUCUUUUUUAUCUUGUUUCAUUAAUGUUCUUUAGCCUAAACUUCUCAACUUUCUAGGAGUGGUCUAGAAUUUCGUUGCUGGGGAGAAUACCAAGUGGGCCACAGAGGCCUGAGCAGCCACGCAUCAUGGUGGAAAUCCAGAGGCUGUUCAGGAUUGAAGUACUGUUAAUUGACUUCAGACAGCUAUGGUGGAAUCGAAUUAAGGGGAUGCAUAAUUAAAUUCUUUAGUGUUGGUUCACUAGUGAAGACCAGUGGAUGGCUUUUUACAAAACUCCUUAUCAUCCUGUUUCACCUAAAAAUUCUAUGAUGUUUUCCAACUGUCAUGCUUUUAAUAUUUUUUUUAAAAAUCAUGUUAGGUCUUUGUACAUAUCUAAAACUUUUUGUUGUGCCCUGUCUGAAAUGGAAAGUUUAGCACCUCAGUAUAUGAGUCACGUGUCGUGUGUGUGUACGCGCAUGUGGGUGCAUGUUUAAAUGCCAGAUACAGGAAAGUGUGACAAAUUCCUUGUUGUAAGUCGUGACAGGAGCAGAAAUGUGAUGUAGCCAAGCAGGUUUUGUUACUGUUUAGUGUUAUUUUAAAACCUAUUGAUACUAUUUAGCCUAUCCUGCAAGUAAGAAAAUUUUUCUUCAUUUCUUACUCAUUUAAAUUUACUGGGUUUGCAAAAUUUUCUAAACUUUUUGUUUUUAGCCUUUGUAUUUUUUACAGCCUAGAACCUUGCAAAGUCUGAAUAUUUUUAAAAUGUUCUAUCUUAACUAAUUCAUUAAUACAGUAUUUUUGGCAGAGAGCAUUUUCAUACCAAAUUUGAUUUGUGGUCUCCAAUCUUACUGUGAGGGCCUGGGUAGUGUUACUGUUUUUCUUACUAAAAGGUAACCAAGUGCCUCUAAGUCAUGCUUAUUUGUAAACAACAAAGAGGAUUAUGUAUACCUGUUCAAAAAUUUUUUGAUAAUUGCUUUUAUAAUUAAUUUCUAAUGAGGGGACAUGUAAAAGCUGCUGAUAAAAGCAUAUUGCACAUUUAAUUAAAUCAAGAUGGGUAAUGAAAUUAACUUUCUCCCCUGUUCUUGCCAGUUGGAAAUGAUGUAAAGGUUUCUCCUUGCAGUUGUACUGAAGUAAAUUACCCUAGGCAUCAAGAUAGAUAUAUCACAUGUUCAAAUUAUUUCACAUUCAGUUACUACUUAUUAAACAGUAUUCAGAAAGAAAUGUUACACUGU